AUGUGGUUUCACGACGCCUCGGGCUCUGCGCGUCAGAGGACCGAAGAACUCGAAGCUGCAUACAUAGUAAUCAGCCCGCCUGACUCUCCCGUUCGAAACGUUGUGAAUUCACCGGAUCGAACCGUCCAGGACUCACACGCAACGCUAACAAACCACCGAGACAUUCUCGUUGAAGCAGUGCUUGAAGCCGGAAUUCAGCUAGCCGGAUUUAACCGGCCGGACGUAACCCAGAAUACACCGGCUGAAUCUCUGUUAGUUGCAGACGUUCCUCCCCGCACCUCAACCCCUCAGCCAGAAGCUGCAGCCCGUGCAGAGGGUCUCACCCCUCAGCGGGCAGUCUCCAGAGCAAGCAUACCAGAGCAGACCCCAUCACCAGCAGCAGAAGCAGCAACAGCAGAAGCUCCUCACUCUCGCUCAGCCCGUGCAGACGCAGCCAGUGAGCCAUUAGAGGGUCUCACCCCUCAGCGAGCACUUUCCGGUGCAAGCAUACCAGAGCAGACCCCACCGCCGCCACCACCAUCACCAGCAGCAGAAGCUACUCAGCCCAGCUUAGCUCGAGCCACCCCUAGCUUGAUCAGCCUCCGUUCAUCUGUCCUGAACCUGCAACAAGACAUCUGUCGGAUAAUCACCAAAGCUUGUGCUGUGAAAAGAAUUAUUCUGGAAACCUCAAAGGUUAUUGAGCAAAUUCCGCAGUCAGGAGACGGAGCACAGCUCUACUGCAUGCAGGCUGGAGAACUUGUGAGAUCCUGCCAGAUCCAGCUGGAUCAACUGUUCCGGCCGCCUGCAUUGCGUCGUACAGCAAGUGAACAGAGACAUCCUUGCUUGAUCAGCCUCCGUUCAUCUGUCCUGAACCUGCAACAAGACAUCCGUCGGAUAAUCAUCAAAGCUCGUGCUGUGAAAAGAAUUAUUCUGGAAACCUCAACGGUUAUUGAGCAAAUUCCGUCGUCAGGAGACGGAGCACAGCUCUACUGCAUGCAGGCUGGAGAACUUGUGAGAUCCUGCCAGAUCCAGCUCGAACUGCUGUUCCAGUCAUCAACACUCCACUCAGUGUAAUCAAGUAAAAUUGUGACCUGUAAACAUGGGUAGCCAGCAAAUGAGAAAUGCAUUAGAUGAAAUGUUGAAAGCUGUAAACGAAUUACAAAAUAUUCCUGUUAAUGAUACGUCAGGAGUUCUGAAUCUACCUAAUGCUUCACCCUCUCGGUUAGAACAAGCCCUGCAACAAUUAAACGCUUCAUUCUCUCAACCCUCCUCCCCGGAAAAUGAUUCAUUACACUUUGAGAUGCAAGUUACAGAUGUUUUAGAUCAAAUCACGGAAAUGGUUAACGACCUUCGGAAUAUACCGCUUCUGGAUACGUCUGCGGGUGCUAAUUUACAUGAAGGUAAUGGUUCACCGGAUAGACAACAGGUUCACGCCAGCCAGGGUUGGAAUUUUGAACGUUUAUCAUUGCUAGAAGAAGCCCUCCAUCAAUUAAACGCAUCCACCUCUCAGCCAUUUAACCCUAAUCCUGCAGGCCAACAGUCUCCUCAUCACCACCUGCAGCAGCAGCAGCAGCAGCAAGGGGGUAGUUUAAAUCAUAAUCCUUCUGGUUCUUCUAAUACAGUUUUGCAAAACCCCACCACCAGCACGCAUCAACUGCCAGACGUGCAGGGCCUGCAGGAUCAACCCUGCACGAGCCAGUCAGCUGUAAACAGCUCUGAGCACACACAGCAGUCCUCUACAUCCGGCAUCCAGCGCGACCGCUACAAUGUCACAGAAAUAAGACGCUCUUUAAACAUCACCGCUUUACAGCCUGGCGAGAUUCCUAAUCCCGUAGAAUUUUACACACAGGUUUAUGAUGUUCUGGCUGAGUUGGCAGAAUCUGUUAUACCUCUUAUCUCCCGUAACGACAUAAUUCAACUUGAGUUAAGCGGGCAGGGGUUUGCUCAUCAUACCAUCGUACAAGUCGAUGACGAAGGCGAUUCAAUUUUGCCUGCAUUUCAGGAAUUUUUAGACGACUUAACACAAUCUAACGAGGAAUUAACCGACAACGUAGAAAUAGUCCUUCAGGUUGUAAGAACGCCAA